AUGACUGGGUCAAAUGAAUUUAAGUUGAACCAACCACCGGAAGAUGGAAUUUCAUCAGUGAAAUUUAGUCCUAAAUCUCAGUUUCUGCUUGUUUCAUCUUGGGACACUUCUGUUCGAUUUGAUGUUCCCGCCAACACCAUGAGACUCAAGUAUCAACAUACAGGAGCUGUACUUGACUGUGCUUUUUAUGACCCUACGCAUGCCUGGAGUGGAGGAUUGGAUCGACAGUUAAAAAUGCAUGACUUGAACACUGAUCAAGACAAUCUUGUUGGCACCCAUGAUGCUCCUAUCCGAUGUGUUGAAUAUUGUCCAGAGGUGAAUGUAAUGGUAACAGGAAGUUGGGAUCAAACAGUCAAGUUAUGGGAUCCGAGAACACCUUGUAAUGCAGGAACAUUUUCUCAACCUGAAAAGGUCUAUACAUUGUCUGUGUCUGGUGAUAGAUUGAUAGUGGGAACAGCUGGUCGGAGAGUUUUGGUGUGGGACUUGCGGAACAUGGGCUAUGUUCAACAAAGAAGAGAAUCAAGUCUUAAAUACCAGACACGUUGCAUCAGAGCAUUCCCUAACAAACAGGGCUAUGUGUUAAGUUCUAUUGAAGGCCGUGUUGCAGUUGAGUAUUUGGAUCCAAGUUUGGAGGUACAGAAGAAGAAAUAUGCUUUCAAAUGUCACAGAUUGAAGGAGAAUAAUAUUGAACAUAUUUAUCCAGUCAAUGCCAUCUCUUUCCACAAUGUCCAUAACACGUUUGCUACAGGUGGUUCCGAUGGCUUUGUCAAUAUUUGGGAUCCGUUCAAUAAAAAGAGACUCUGUCAGUUCCACCGCUAUCCUACAAGCAUAGCAUCUCUAGCCUUCAGUAAUGAUGGAACCACCCUUGCAAUUGCAUCGUCAUAUAUGUACGAAUUGGAUGACGUUGAACAUCCUGAAGAUGGUAUCUAUAUUCGGCAAGUGACAGAUGCCGAAACAAAACCCAAGUCUACUUAACUUCCGACACAAAGCUUCAGUAAUUUUCUCUUUCAAAGUACGUCCACUUGCUCGUUACAAGGCUAGCAUAAAGCAAAUCCUGGAUUAAAUGAAGAUACAUUUCCAAUAAUGCUGUCACAGAAA